AUGCGUUCACCUCAGCUGAUUUCUCCUACUCAGGCUCAGAUGGUUCCAUCUGGAGUAAAUCAAAGUGCACCACCAACGAUCGUCGGGCCUGUUGGAACUAAUGGACCGCCAUUGCAACGUAUGGAUUUGCAAGCAGGUACUGGAACAUUACCUUCCCAGCAACAUAUGCGAAUGGUAUCUUCACCAUACUUUGGCCAUGAACCAAAUAUCGCUCCUAACGUGCAGCAAGACAUGUGUCUGGUUGGAUGUUAUUUUGUUGUGUUGGAAAAUGAGCGGUUUUUGGUGGACCAGUUGGAUCAGAAAGAGUUAACGGCAGUUGUACGUAUGCACGGUGGUGAGAUUGAGUACGGUCCACGGGCUUUGAGCACUGUUGGAGCCGAUCGCAUAACCCAUGUAAUAUGCGAAACGACUUCAAACCCGCAAGUACAAGCUGUCAUUGAGGAACAGAAAAGAUGUGUUACCUUGCAGUGGCUGAAUGACAUUCUUGCUAAAAAGCGUCUUGAGCCACCGUGGCGUGUAGCGCACUUACCUACCUGUUAUUCAGAAAAGCGACCAGCAUUAAACAAGAUAAUUGCAAUUAAUGGCUUUGAUGAAACUGAGCGAAGUGCUGUACGAAUGAUGAUUACAGCAAUUGGAGCACGUUUCACGCCUUAUCUCACUAAGCACAACCACUUUCUGGUUACCAAAGGGUGCGACGGGGAAAGGUUGGAUAAGAGUCGGGAAUUGAAAGUUCCUGUUGUCAGCUAUCUGUGGUUAAUAGAGUUGUACAUUGGCAAGAAGACAAGUAUACAGGAUAGCGACAACGAAAAAUAUUACCCAACACCAGGAGUUCUGCACGAAGUCAAUAUAUCCCCGUACAAUUUGGAACUUUACUCUGCGGAGUUUAAGCGGAUUUCUGUUACAGAAGCUUGGAGACGACCGGUAGUUUUUACUAAUGAACAGUGGCAACAUGCAUUAGAACUUAAGCGAAGUGUGGAAAAUGAUGAAAAGAUUUUCUCAAAUAAAAAGCUUAGGUUGUCAACACCUCCUCCAACGAUUGAACAGAUCGAGCAGCAAAGGGCGCAUUUUGAGAAGAAAAAAGGAAUCCCAGUUGUUUGUUUCAGUGGCUUUACGCAAGAGGAGGAAGAUGCGUUAUCGAGAAAAAUUAGUUUUUUGGGUGCAUCAGUGACAAAAAAUGUCGAAGACUGUACUCAUCUUGUGGUAUUGAAUUUAUGGCGCACUAUGAAAUUACUGGAAGGUAUUGCAUUAGGGAAAAAUAUUGUCAGUCCUGAUUGGAUUACUGAUGGUUACCGGAAUGGCUUAAUACCAGAUACGAUCGAUUAUUUUGUGCGUAAUGACGACAGUGAGAAAGCAUAUGGUUACGAUUUAAAGUACAGUGUUUUGAAAGCGCGGUAUCGUCGAGUUUUUCAGGAUGUAUUGUUUUAUUUAACACCGAGUGUGGAGCCAUCUUUUGAUGAAUUAAGGUCGUUGAUUAUGCUCGCCGGUGGUGAGGUUUUACAGGACAAGCCACCUCCUCGUUUUGUUGUUGAAUGUAUUCAGAAAGAAAUACCGUUGUUGUUGAUUAGUAAUGAAAGCGACGUUCAUUUGUUGCAAUAUCUAACCGACUGUGGGAUGCCCGUUUUUAACGUUGAGUUGAUUUUGACGGGAAUUUUGCGGCAAAAGUUAGAAAAUUCGCCUGCUUACCGAGUUACUCCUGUUAGGAGUCCACCGCCACCUCAAAUGACUCCAUCUCCAAAUGCGUCAUCUAUUAGAAAUCAGCAGAGUACUGUGCAAAGGGUAGCAUCAUAA